CGGGGUACAGCGGAGACCAGCCGGCUAACAGGGCUCUGGACGGCUGCCGUGCUGACCGCUCAAGAUGGAGUUCCUCCUGGGCAACCCGUUCAGCACCCCGGUGGGGCAGUGCCUCGAAAAGGCAACAGAUGGCUCCCUGCAAAGCGAGGACUGGACGUUGAACAUGGAGAUCUGUGACAUCAUCAAUGAGACGGAGGAAGGGCCAAAGGAUGCCAUUCGAGCCCUGAAGAAGCGGCUGAACGGGAACCGGAACUACAGAGAGGUGAUGCUCGCAUUAACAGUGCUAGAGACAUGUGUGAAGAACUGUGGCCACCGCUUCCACGUUCUCGUGGCCAACCGAGAUUUCAUCGACAGUGUUCUGGUCAAAAUCAUCUCUCCUAAGAACAACCCUCCCACCAUUGUACAGGACAAAGUGCUCGCUCUGAUCCAGGCGUGGGCGGAUGCCUUCCGAAGCAGUCCUGACCUCACUGGAGUUGUGCACAUAUAUGAGGAGCUGAAGAGGAAGGGGGUCGAGUUUCCCAUGGCAGACUUGGACGCUCUGUCUCCCAUACACACACCACAGCGGAGCGUCCCUGAAGUGGACCCAGCCGUGACCAUGCCCAGGUCCCAGUCGCAGCAGAGGACAAGUGCCGGCUCCUAUUCCUCGCCGCCUCCUGCUCCGUACUCCGCCCUGCAGGCCCCAGCUCUGAGUGUCACUGGGCCCAUCACGGCCAAUUCAGAACAGAUUGCCAGGCUGCGGAGUGAACUAGACGUCGUUCGAGGAAACACGAAAGUCAUGUCCGAGAUGUUAACAGAAAUGGUCCCUGGGCAGGAGGACUCAUCAGAUCUGGAGUUGCUGCAGGAGCUGAACAGGACCUGCCGGGCCAUGCAGCAGCGCAUCGUGGAGCUCGUCUCCCGAGUGUCCAACGAGGAGGUCACUGAGGAGUUGCUGCACGUCAAUGACGACCUCAACAAUGUCUUUCUCCGAUAUGAAAGGUUCGAACGAUACAGGUCGGGCCGAUCAGUUCAAAAUGCCAGUAACGGAGUACUGAAUGAAGUGACCGAAGACAACUUAAUAGAUCUGGGGCCGGGGUCUCCAGCCGUCGUGAGCCCAAUGGUGGGGAACACGGCACCCCCAUCUUCCCUCUCCUCCCAGCUUGCAGGCCUGGACUUGGGGACAGAGAGCGUCAGUGGCACCCUCAGUUCACUCCAGCAGUGUAACCCCCGUGACGGCUUUGACAUGUUUGCCCAGACGAGAGGGAACUCCUUGCCCGAGCAACGCAAGACGGUCACCUACGAAGACCCCCCGUCUGUCGGAGGACUUGCUUCUGCACUCGAUAGUCGGAAACAGAGCUCCGAAGUGACUUUUCUGUCCUCGGCCCAGAAGAGAGAUAAAGGUGGGGACUCUGACCUGGAGCCCAUAGACAGCUGGCUCAUAACCCAAGGAAUGAUCCCCGUUGCGCAGCCCUCUGUCAUGGACGACAUUGAGGUGUGGCUCAGGACGGACCUGAAGGGCGAUGACCUUGAGGAGGGCGUCACAAGCGAAGAGUUUGAUAAAUUCCUUGAAGAAAGAGCCAAAGCUGCUGAAAUGGUUCCCAACCUCCCCUCACCCCCAGUGGAGGCCCCAGCCCCGGCUUCAAACCCCUCUGGCCGGAAGAAGCCAGAGCGGUCGGAGGAUGCCCUCUUCGCCCUGUGAGCUGUUCUGUGGUUUGGCUCCCCAGAUGGCAGGUCACCUCUCGUCCCCCCGGUCCACACCAGGCACUGGCCACUCCUCCCAUCCCCAGCCCUAGUCGGUCCUGUGCCGCUGUGUCUCUAUGGAAACGCCGCUGUGUUUGCUCCCAGACCUCCCACUAGUCAGGACCAGCUUCAGCCAUCUUCUUCUCUGGGUGGUGGGACAGCGUCACUACGGCCAGAGGCCCCUCACCUCCCUGCCCCUCCUGCCCACAGGCUCAUUCUGCCCCUGUUUCCUCCCAGAAAGAGCGGGCAGCAAGGCCUAGCCCCAGGCCUGGCAAUCCCCUUGGGACUGUCUCCUGAGCAGCCACCUGGCCUGUCUUUCCUCCAGUCACCUGCCCACAGAGAAGGGGCUCAGGCCCCAGACCCUUCCCCCACGUGCCCUUUCCCUUGCCUGGUUCAUCAGGUCUCCUCAGGCCAGCCUGCCCUCCUGUGCCCCUCUGUUCCUGAAAGGGCUUGUUUGCCCAAGACCACCUGUGGGCUUGGUCUCUCUCCCUGAACUCCUGCUCCCUGACACGGAUCACCUUGUGGCACUUGGCCUGCUCAGCACUUUAGAAGGCUCUAUGGGGUACCCAUUGAUGGGGUCUCUCAUCUUCCUGACCCUCUCUCUGUCACUCAGCUGCUAGCCCAGGCCCAUGCCCAAGCUGGCUCAGCAGCCAAGCUUGGGACCAAAGGGCCCCCGUCAGACCCACAGGCUCCUGGUGAAGGGAGAAAGCCAAGAGCGGCUGGGAGGGCAGCACACAACCCAUGGGUGGUGGCCACGAGGUUGGGUUAGCCCCUGCAGAGAUAACGCCACCAGACACCAGACUGCCCCGAGCACGCUGCACACUCCCCCACACGGUCAGCCCGUUGGUGGAGGGACCCGCACGGGGAGGAACUACUCUGGCUCGCCUGGGAAGACUCUGUGAGUUUGUGAGCAUGCCGUGCUCAGGGCUUUGGCCUGGCCUAUGGCAGCCUCUGUGCCUCUACCUGCAGGGCCCAGCAGCAGGUGGCUUUGCACCACGCUCAGAGAUCCAAAUGACAGAGGGGUCAGAGCGACACAGGGGCCCCUGCUCUGCUUCUUGGCAUGGGCCUCAGCCUCCUCCACAGACUGUGCUGACAGCCUGACCUUCUCCCACCCCAGAUCCCCCCAGGGCACCAGGUUGUACCCUCUCUCCAAGCCAACCAAGAAAGCUAACAGAGCCUGGGGCUGAGCAGCUAGGGGCUGGUGACACCUGCUCCCGUCCUGGGCCUCACUAGUGUGUCUCCUGGCCGUGGGCAAGGUGCUCAUGGCUUGGCUCAAGCCCGGGUCCAGCCUGACCCAGCCCUGUUGCUGCUGUUGCCCAGAAGAACGAAAAUGCUGCUGUAGCUGCUUCACACCAGCCCAUGGGUCUUGGAGGCCCUGGUCAGUGUUCCAGCAUGUGCUGCCCAGGCGUCAGGGGCAAAACUUGGCUAGGCCACCACCUGUUUCCGACCCCUGGUGUGGUCAGCCCUUCCCACCUGGCAGCCCAAGCAGGGAGAAGAGGCUGGGCCUGACACUGGCUGAGACCAGUGCCAAGGGCCAUGCUGAGCACCAACAGGAACAGUUCUGGUGGAGAGCAAGGCACUGCCCACCCCAGAACCCAGUGCCCAGUCUAGCAUGGCUGCAGCUUCUUCCAGAGAGGAGGCCUGGGGUCUGACUGGGGGCCGUCGGGACCAGCUGGGGACAUCACACUCCAGUCCCUCAGAGGACACCCAAGAGGCUCCUCCUUCUCUAUGACCAGCCAUGAGCUCCACCAGGCUGACUUCAGCCCUGCCCUCUCCGACAGCACGCACCAUGCCUCCACUCUGCCCCACCCUGACCCUCCGUCAGCCUGCACCUCUCUUCUCAACAUUUCCCAAGGGCAGAGCCCCCUACGGCCAGCUUGGAUAUUCAGACGUCUGAAGUCAGCUGGCUUGACAAGCUGCAGAGGAGGUGGCUGGGAUGGCCCCAUUGUACCCAGCAACCCCAGCUAGUAGCCCCAGCCCUUUGGCGCAGUCGGGAAGGGUUUUCUCUCUGAGGGCCAGGGGCCCAUUUUUGCCAGCCUGCCAGAGCCGGUGGGCAGUCUUGCGGGAGCUGUGGCACCGCAGCAGCCGGGCGCAGUGUCCUCUGAGGGAAGAGCCAGCCUCCCUGCCUUGCAGAAGCGGCAGUUCCCACCAGCCCAGGAGCCCAAGGGGUCUGAGAGGAGGGGAGGCUCCUGGCGAUGAGUGAAGCUGCAGCAUGCGCCUGCAUGGGGAGACUCCAGCAAAGCUGCUCCCCAACUUUAGCUGGUCAGCCAGGCACGGCUUGGAGAGGCCUGGCUACUCUGGGCAGCAGGUGGUGGUGGACUCCUGCGGGCUGGCAGGAAGGCAUCGGCCCAUGCAGAGAAGUGUCACCUGCCUUCCCUUCCUGGAGCUGCCCCUCCUGCUCGCACAUCAUGUCCAGAGGCAGCCAGCCCUACCUGGAGGCUGAGGGGACGCUUGCUUGAGGCCUGCACAGGAAGCAAGCGCAGGCCCUUGAGGGAUUCUGCUCAGCUGGUCCUGCGGUGUCCCAUCCUGAGGCUGUAGGCACCCUGGGCCACUGUCCGCUCCUGUCUGGGAGCUCAGCCCUCAGGCCGCCUGCUUAGGGAGGGCAGCAGAGCCCUGGCAGGAAGGCUGGCCAGAGCCUGCCCCCCAGGAGAGCGAGACCCUCGCGAGCCACCAGCCUCUCCACAGUGUUACAAAUCACAGAUACAGUAUCUACUUAAUUACACUAAAUUAUUGCUGAGAUUCCUUAUAAGCACUAAUUAUACCUGAUUAUAGGUUAAAAUAUUUAUUUUGUCAAAAUAUUUUCUUGGGGAUGUGUUUAACCUUUUCUGUGUUCAUUGUGUGCUGAGAUGUGAAAACUAACCGUUCUCUCCUGCCUACCUUUUUGGCCAGUGGGCAGCAGUGAAUGGCACUAUGUGCAGUUUGACCCAGAGCACUGACGGGCCUUUGGCCAGCCUGCCCUGAGCAGUCCCUGCCUGGGAGCCCCCGGGCCCAGAGCAGGCCACCUGGGGCCAGGCUGAGAGAGGACCGACUCAGUUAUUAUGUGCAUGGCCCAAAGGGCGUGUUGCUGGCUGGGCGAGAGGGAAAGGUGACUGUUGUCUGUCCUCCUGUCUUUCUGUCCGUCAGCCCCCUCAGUGUGAGUGACCGUCUGUCUGCCUUUCCCCUCCUCGCCCAGGGGUCCACAGCAAGGGGGCCUGAGGAGGCGUGGGGCCAGCACUGUCACUCAAGGCCCCCAACUGGGAGAAUGGUGGCAAGGUCCCUGGACGGCGGGCGGCAGCAGGCACCCGGCCUCCUGCUGCAUCACGGGGCAGACAGCUGGGCUGCCCACUCUUGCUCCUCCUCUUCCUUCCUGCCAGUGCACCCCCACUUUGCCUCCACACACACGCUUCUAACUCAGUCUGGCGCAGCUUUCUGGAUAGUUCAAGGGGAGCUGUGGGCCAGCGAGGGAAGAGCACCACAGAGGAGUGCUGUGCUCUCAGCCAGCCACUGUGGGCCUUUCCACCAGCUGCUGUUGGGACUCUGGGCUCCUCUCCCUGUCCACCCACGUGGGGACCCACAAGACGCCCCUGUGGUACCCGCUUCUCCCAGUGCCCAUCUCCAGCCCUUCCUGUCCAUGGGGUCCAAGCCAGGCUUUGCCUGCAGCCACCAGCCUCCGGGAACAGCUGUCAACCCCGGAGUCACACUGCUUUUCUUGUAUAUGAAACCUCUCGGCUCUCCUGGAGAAAGAGGGGUGGAUGUUUAUUUCCUCAAGUUUGCACUUAAUUUGUGAGGGUUCUCAGGAUUGUUGGGGGCUGUUGAGAAAAGGGUUGUGUUAAGUUUGUUGUCCGGUCGUCCCACAAGUCUGGUGUUCUGUCACUGUCGUGCGUCUCUGGCGGCAGAGCCAGUUCUGGGGGGGUCCGUGCCCGCGGGGCACAGCCACACCCCAGCGUCCGUUCUCCCACUGGCUCUCCUUCCAGGCAUUGUCUCUCUAGGUUGGAUUCUUGCAUGUAAAGUACUGCACAAUAAACAACAGACAAACUG